AAAAUAACUUCCGGGUGUUGAAUCGUUGCAAAACAGACCACACAACCGGGCAGCGGAGUGAAAGAGGACAUUCACAGAGAAAAGCCUGGAUAACGCAGCUUCAGGAGAAUGAUGCUUUCAGAAGUCCUGCAGGUGCUGCGUGGGGCAGGUAAAGUGGGGUCUGCCAUGGCCACCACACAGGGAGAACAGCUCCGGUUAAUGGCCUGUAACUCAUCCAUGGGAGCAGGGGUCAAAGCUGCACAGGAUGUGGUGGAAGGACUGGUUGGCACCUUCAUGGGAGGAAAUGCGCAACAGUCCGUAAAGGAGGAUGUGUUUCCGGAUGCUGAGGGCUGGGAUAACAUGGACCCUGAUGAGGCAGCCAAAUGGGCCAUGGGGUCAGAGUUCCCCCCUGAUACUGGAGCUUCUGCAGAGAUGCCACCAGGAGGUCCUCCUCCCACAGGGGCAGGCUCUGCAGGGACAGGAUGGCCAGGUCAAAGCACUCGUUUCCUCCACACAUCACCUCGUCUUCACAGGUACUACUAUCAGACCCGUUCUGUUCAUGACACAGUGGUGGCCAGACUCACACCAGAGGAUAUCAAGAAAGCACGAGAGGCGAAGCAGUCCCUCGCCAAACCUGCCAGACAGAAGCUGAGUGAGCGAGCCAGAGAGAGGAAGGUACCAGCUACAAGAAUCAGCAGGCUGGUCAAUUUUGGAGGACUGGCUGUAGGACUCGGGAUUGGUGCCAUUGCAGAAGUGGCUAAACAGUCUCUGGGUGGCAAACAGAAAGGAGAUGUGGGUUCGCUGUUAGACUCUCCUCUUCUGUCAGAGGCCAACGCUGAGAGGAUUGUCAACACGCUGUGCAAGGUCCGCGGGGCUGCACUCAAGAUAGGGCAGAUGCUCAGCAUUCAAGAUAACUCCUUCAUCAGCCCCCAGCUGCAGAGGAUCUUUGAGAGGGUCAGGCAGAGCGCAGACUUCAUGCCAACCUGGCAGAUGAAUAAAGUUCUAGAGGAGGAACUGGGACCGGGCUGGAGAGAUAAGCUUUCAUCCUUUGAAGACAAACCGUUUGCUGCAGCCUCCAUCGGCCAGGUGCAUCAUGGGGUCUUAAAAGAUGGGAGAGAAAUUGCCAUGAAGAUCCAGUACCCCGGAGUGGCAGAGAGCAUCCACAGUGACAUAAAUAACCUGAUGUCAGUCCUAAAAAUGAGUGUGGUUCUGCCAGAAGGUCUGUUUGCCGACAGCAGUUUAGAGGUUCUCCAGAGGGAGCUGGCCUGGGAGUGUGACUACAAGAGGGAAGCAGAGUGUGCCAAGAAGUUCAGGUCCCUGCUCAAGGGAGACGAGUUUUUCCAAGUCCCUGAGGUGAUUGAUGAGCUGUCAGGCCGCAGGGUGUUGGCAAUGGAACUGGUGCAGGGAGUCCCACUGGACCGCUGUGUAGACCUGGACCAAGAGACCAGGAACCAGAUCUGUUUUAACAUCCUCCAGUUGUGUCUGAGGGAGCUGUUUGAGUUCAGGUUCAUGCAGACGGAUCCAAACUGGGCAAACUUUUUCUACAAUGCAGAAACCAAUAAGGUCGUUUUGUUGGACUUUGGUGCCUGCAGAGGCUACCCAGAAUCCUUCACAGAUGACUACAUACAGGUGGUGUACGCAGCUUCUGUUGGGGAUCGAGCGACUGUUCUCUCCAAAUCCAAAGACCUGAAAUUUCUGACGGGCUUCGAGGCCAAGGCCUUUGCAGAUGCCCAUGUAGAGGCCGUUAUGAUCCUUGGUGAAGCCUUCGCAUCCUCAGAGCCCUUCGACUUCGGCACCCAAAGCACCACCCAGAGGAUCCAGAGUCUCAUCCCCGUCAUGCUACGCCACCGCCUCACCCCUCCACCUGAGGAGACGUACUCCCUCCACCGCAAGAUGGCCGGCUCCUUCCUUAUCUGCUCCAAACUGAACGCGCGCAUAGCGUGCAGGGACAUGUUCUUGGAUGUGUACAACGCCUACAACCAGAGGAGGCAGGAGGCAGAGGGGGCGGCACAGGCCACGGCUUAGAUGCUCGGAGACCAUUCACUGCUGCAGAAAUCUUUUUCAAGAGAGGACUGCGAAAGAAAGGGAGAAAAUAUGGGGUCCUUGAUCUGCAAGUGGAGAAAAUGGAUCAGGCUCACUUUAAACUGUUCACCAUGUUACUGACUGCAGCAACCUGCUUUAAUGAGAACCAUGCCUGACUCUAUUUCUCUUUCUGUGCUGCAGCUAUACUCACAUCAGCGUGAGGGUGUGAAGAUUCAAGACUCCAUUGUUGUACACACAAACAUAAGUAGUAAACUACAACACAGCGUUCGUUUAUUUUGUAAAUGAUGGUGACAGAUGUGCCAUAAAAGAUAUACGUACACUGAAGCUUAAAUGCUUAUAUUAUUGAUUAAAUCUAUAAAAAUUAUUGAAGAGGGGAUUAUUUAAUUAAUUUUAGUGUUGCUGGGUGUGUUUGAUUAUAUUUCCUGUCAUGGCAAAUAAUACACAAUGCUGGUUAACAUUCUACUUGUACAGUCUGUUUCUCCAAAGACCACAUGUACUGUAUGUUCCUCUUAACUCUGGCUUAGAUAACUCUGACUCUAGCUACACUUUGUACUGAGGUCACAUAUUAGCCAUCAACUUCUUGCCCAUUUGCAUACAUGUAAAUAG